UGGAAAACUAGAAUGAAAAUGCGCCAACGAUAGUAUCGCCAUGGUGUGUUGCCCAGAUUUAUCACCUCUAGCACAUUUGUUAAAAAAUUUGCAACAAGCCAGCGAAAAUUGACCAGCAACGGGGGAUAGAAAAACGCGCGCUCUGCUUGGACACCGUGGCACGUACAUAUGAGCACCCGCGCCGCGGAGUAGACACAGUGCCUGCGUACCGCACCGUCCAGCACCCAUAGAAGCCAUUGCCCGCGCCCGCUCCCGCUCUUGAUUGAGCAGCUGCAGCAGAGGUGAGCCAUGGGCCUCGACUUCGAUGCCAUGGAGUACUGCAAGCGCGUCAAGAGCCAGCAGGCCCAGCCACCGUUCGGGUGUCCGGUCCCUGGCUGUGACCGCAACUACAAGACGAUCGUGGGCUUGCAGUAUCAUCUAAUGAAGUUCGACCACGACAACCCCCAGCCGCUGACCCCAGUGCUGACGCCCAACAGGAAAAAGGCGCGUUCGCGCUCCGGUGCACACCACUCCACACCCCGCCCACCUAAAGGAGAUGCGCCAGGUGGCGGAGCCGAGUCCAGGAAUGGUUGCGCCUCGGCUAGCAGUGGUGGCGGAGCUGCAGGUGGUGCUGGAAGCGGCUCUGCAUCAGCAUCGCGCCACCAAUACGCUAACCCGGAAUCCCUGGUGGCGUACAACGAGGAGGAAGCCACCGUAACGUUCAACCUAGACGGGAAGAGCGUGAGAUUGGGAAUCGAUGACGCCCUGCCUCUCGUAGAUGAAGAGGAAUUUGCCGCCUUAGUAGCCAGGGGCUGCAUACUAAAUGCCGACGCACCGCCGCUAGAAGAGAAUGCGCCUUGGGCGCGGGUCCAGGUGCCCGUCGCCAAGGUGGCCGAGAUUGUCGACUACCGAGUGCCUGAUGCGCCCCCGCGGCCGCUCGCCUACUACCGGUUCAUCGAGAAGUCGCUGGAGGAACUGGAUGGUGAGGUGGAGUACGACGUAGACGAAGAGGACUCUGCCUGGCUGGAGCACAUGAACGAUGAACGCCAGCGCCUAGGCCUCAACGCCGUAGGCAUUGACACCAUGGAGCUUCUAAUGGAUAGGCUGGAAAAGGAGUCGCACUUUCAGGCUGCAGCCAAUGGAACGCCUACGGGCGUUGAGGUGGAUGACGACGCGGUCUGUUGCAUCUGUCUUGACGGCGAGUGCCAGAACACGAACGUGAUUCUCUUCUGCGACAUGUGCAACCUGGCUGUGCAUCAAGACUGCUACGGCGUUCCCUACAUCCCGGAGGGUCAGUGGCUGUGCCGAAGAUGCCUUCAGUCCCCCAGCAAGCCUGUCAACUGUGUUCUUUGCCCAAAUGCCGGAGGAGCCUUCAAGCAGACGGACCACGGUCAGUGGGCGCACGUGGUGUGUGCCUUGUGGAUACCAGAGGUUCGGUUUGCAAACACCGUUUUUCUGGAGCCGAUAGAUUCCAUCGAGACCAUUCCUGCUGCUCGCUGGCGACUCACCUGCUACGUGUGCAAGGAGAAGGGCUUGGGAGCCUGCAUCCAGUGCCACAGAAACAGCUGCUAUGCGGCCUUCCAUGUCACCUGCGCGCAGCAGGCCGGCCUGUAUAUGACAAUGGACACCAUCAAGGACGGCCAUAACGACUCCUCCAUGCAUGUGCAGAAAUUUGCCUACUGCCACGCCCACACGCCAGCGGACGCUAAACUGAAGAUGAACGUGCCAGACUUUGAAGACACGCGCCAUAAGAUGCGGGAGGCGCGGAAGGCACUGGCCAAGAAGCGCUCCACGGCACCGGUUGUGCUCAUUCCGACGAUUCCGCCCGAUCGUGUUCAAGAGAUCGCCACAAUGGUGACGAUGCAACGGAAGAAGGAGUUUUUGGACCGCAUCAUUGCCUAUUGGACGCUUAAGCGUCACUACCGUAACGGAGUGCCUCUGUUGCGGCGCCUCCAGAGUCAGGGCAACAACCACGGUGUUAUUCAGCGCAACGGCAUCGAGGGAUCGCCGGAUACUGGAGAGCUGUACCGACAACUAAAGUACUGGCAAUGCCUCCGCCAGGAUCUUGAGCGGGCGCGCCUUCUAUGCGAACUGGUGCGCAAACGUGAAAAGCUUAAGGUCGCUUUCGUUCGCAUCUCCGAAGAGGUGGUAAUGAUGCAGCUGAACCCGCUAGAGGCAGCGCUGGGCAAGCUUCUGGAUUCACUGGAGGCGCGCGACAGCAUGGAGAUCUUCCGCGAACCUGUUGACAUUGGUGAAGUUCCCGACUACACGGACAUUGUCAAGCAUCCUAUGGAUCUGGGGACAAUGCGGAAGCGCCUUAAGGAUUGCCAGUACACCUCACUCGAACAGUUGGAGGCCGACUUCGACCUGAUGAUCCAAAACUGCCUAGCUUACAAUAACAAGGACACGGUGUUCUAUCGCGCGGGAAUAAGAAUGCGCGACCAGGCGGCUCCGCUGUUCGUCCAGGUGCGUAAGGAGCUGCAACGUGAUGGCCUGUUGGAGCGGUCGCAUCGCAACCAUGUAGACCACGUGGAAGCUGAGGUGGAGCAAGAGUUUCGUCAGCUGCUGGCUGGGCCGGCCAGCGAAGAUGUGGUGCAGAAGCUCCUCAUCCUUGCCGAUAAGUCGCAGGUGCUUAAGAAUCCCAGUUACCGGACAAAGAAAAUCAAGCAGAUCCGGCUAGAGAUUACGAGAAUGCGGAAAUCUCUACAAAAAGCUCGCUUUGCAGCUCGGUACUCCUCACAGACCAAUCCAUCACAGAGCGAAGAGGAGGAGGCGCCGGACACUUCUCCUGCUAAGAAGCGAACUCGCAAGCGGCUGAGUACUAAUGCCAUGAACAUGGACCUGGAUCACGAAGAUGAAGACGAGGAUGAGGACACAGAGGAAGACUCCAUGGGUGAAGCAGAUGGCGAGGAUAACACAUCCAAAGACAUGCUCAACUCCACCCAAACGCCACCUUGUAGUCCAAUCAAGAGUCUCAACAACAGCAGUUCUCCCGUGGGAAUCAAUAGGAGAACGGCUAUUCUGCUCACGCGAAAAGCGCAGGCGGCGCUGAAAAGACCCUCGGAGCCACUGACGACGCCCGUGAAGGAGGAGCAUCACAACUCUCAGACCUCCAGCACGCAGUCCACCAGCGCCAGCGGAAGCUCCCUGUCAGCGACGACAGCUGCGACGGCUGCCUCCAGCACACUGGGUGGAAUGAAUCACGUUCUGGCCACCGCUCCGCACUCAGCCUCUGGAUUCGCGUUGACGCAGAAUAGCAACAGUGGCGGAGGAGCACUAGCAUCGGGAGUAGGCACUGCAUCGUCCGCCGGAGCUGCAGCUGCAGCUAGUCUAGCGUCCACGGCGCUCUCAAUCAGCAGCAAGCUGGGCAUGAGCAUGGGAGUCAAGUCGCCCAAACGGCAAGGCCGGUAUCGUCGUUUGCCAGAGCUCAGGCAUAGUGCCUCGAUGUCGCCGAAGAAGUCACCUAACCCAGCGGCGGCAAUAAGUCAGGCUAUGCCCGAUCCCCUGCCCUUUGAGCGCAUCCCCGACAGCUUUCGGGUCUAUCGGGCGAACAAUCAGCGCGAUGCGAGCGACAGCGACGACGCACCAUCGCAGUCGAGCAGUCCGUGCAGCAGUUGCUCCGACUUCAGCAUGUCAGGCAGUUGCUCCGACUUUGACAGCGACGAGGCUAGCGAUGCGGAUGGCGACGGUGGACGAAGCCGUAGUGAGCGGGAUUCCACGUCUCAGGAUGGCACCACAGACGCCAUGGACCUGCAGCACACCAGCUUCCAUCAUGGCCAAGGCAACAACGGCAACAUGGCCAUAAGCAGUAGCAGCGGCGGCAGUGGCGGGAGCUCCAGUGAUGACGAUGAGGAGCAGCCGCUCAGUGAGAGGCAAAACAAGGCGGCAAGGAUCGGCACGCGAGGCACACCAACGCCCACUUCAGGCUCAAUAGCGCGGGGAGCUUCCCUGGCUAUGGCCCGGGGACGCGGUAAGCGGCGGAGUAAUCUCAGCGAAUCUACCAGCUCCACGGCCACGCCACCUCCAUUGCUGCAAACGGUUGGAAAGUUGCGCUCGGCCACGCCGAACGCCUCGCCCCUGAUAAACAACAUCAAGGCGAGACGAAACACCACAGUGGCUGCAACGACAAACAACAACCGGAGCAAGCCAGGCGAGGAUUCCGAGGAUACGACGUCCACCCGAAACAAUUACUCCUUGGCUCAUGGCCAAAAACCCACGUUAGAGCCUCUUCAGCUUGUGUGGGCAAAGUGCCGGGGAUAUCCGUGGUAUCCCGCCCUCAUCCUCGAUCCUAAAACGCCGAAAGGAUUUGUCUACAAUGGAGUGCCCUUACCCGCCCCGCCCUCGGACGUUCUGGCGCUGCGCAAGAACUGCCUGGACGAGAUUGUGUUUCUGGUCUUAUUCUUCGAUGUGAAGCGGACUUGGCAGUGGCUGCCCGCGAACAAGCUUGACCUCCUCGGUAUCGACAAGCAGCUGGACCAGCAGAAACUGGUGGAGUCGCGGAAGCCGGCGGAGCGGAAGGCGGUGAAGAAGGCGUACCAAGACGCACUGCACUAUCAAAGCCAGGUCUCCGACCUGGAGGGCCAGGGACCCGAUCCGAUCAUGUGAAAUCUGCUGGCCCGACUGCAUCUGUAAACGCCGCGCGAAAGGCUUUAGCCAUUAGUUGGCCACCACCUCGAGUGGGACCGUCGUUUUUAUAUCUCGUUUGUUGUUACUCGAAGAAGCUCGAAGUUGAAGAAGCCCUCCAUUAGAGUAUUUCGUUGGCGAAUUUCCAAUUUGCACUGCAAGUGUCUUUGAAUUUCGUUUGUUGCCAAGCUAGCAGGGAUUCGUUUAGCCCCCUUAUGUACAGUUUUUGUAAUACACGCAGUUAACGAAUUCGGUUGGAGGACCCUAUUAUGUACAUUUUGUUGUGACUACGACUACGAUUAUGAAUUAUUAUCCAGAUCCUCGAUCGCCAGAUCAGUACGACACUCACAACAUCAACAUGGAAUUUAUAACCUCAAGACGUUUCACGGGAAAUCAAAUCAAUGUUUAAGUUAAAUAGUUUUAAGCCCUCCUAGAGUUAAGGCGAAACAAACAAAAAAAAAACACAAGCAUACAACAAGCUUCAAGUUAAAAAAUCAAGUGUAAAAACUAAAACCACUUCGUAGUGGAUAGAUGAUUAUGAACAUUUACAAAUAGAAUUAAAAACUGUAUAGAUGUGUGUGCGUGUGUCUACAUAAAUCGAUAUAUCUCUAUAUGCAAA